AGGGGAAGGAGAUUCAAAAAAGAAAGUUGGGAAAAUGGUUCAAAGCCAAAGGGUCCCGACAGAGUGGAACAAAGAUUGCAUGUGUAUAUCCCAAUUGAGUCAGGUUCAGUUCAGUCCGUCAGGAAUUUUUGAUUUUAUUUUAUCAAAUUAUGGAACCUGGAGCCACUUGGAACGGGUGUCAUAUUCUGUCGGGGCUCCAUCGACCUUAUCCUUCCUCCAACCGUCACUACAUCAGAUUCAAAUUGCUUUAAUUGACGGCCGUAUCCUCUUCUCAUUCCUUUUUUUCAAUUCCUUCAUUCACACAUCUCUUGUGUUUUUUCUAUAUAACCUUCUUAGUCUCCCCUUCUUUGACACUCUUCACAUCUUGUCCUCUACUUCAAUAGUUCAUUCUUCCUCUCUACUAUCUUCCCUUCUUCUACCCUUUGCUCCCCUUUGUACUCAUUCAUUAUUCCCAUACAACGUGUCUGUCUCACUUGUUUCCGUCUUGGGUGUUUGACCUGCUCUCCCAUUUGCGUCGUUUGAGAUCAAUCAACCAACCAACCAUCAAUCAGGGGAACCGCAGUUGUUCCUCAAAUGCAGCUGAUCCCUCUCAAUUGUCUCUCCAUUUUAUUCCACUCUUCUUCUUCUUCUUCUUCUUCUUCUUCUUCUCUUCCCCACUUCCAUAUCCUUCAUCUCUGAGCAUCGUCUCAACACACUUAUUGCUUCUUCUACUUGCUAUCCAGCAAUGAUGAUGGCAAAGUUUCUACGCGGUCAACCUCCUUCUCCUCCUCAGUCUCCCCACAGCGACUCUGCUUCCAAUUCCAUUGCUAUGAGCCACUCCUACGAGCAUCCUGACGGCAUGGUCAAGAUGGCCUACGACAGUGAC